AUGGGCAGCCAGAGCCAGGCAGCUGUCGUGGAACAUAAAGAAGAUUAUCUUGAGUUCAAGAAGAAAUUCCAGGAACAUAGCCAUGUGCUGGAUCUAAAGCUGACCCUCUUGAUGCGUCUCAUCACUCAGAUGCACAGCGAAGGAGAGCCUCUGCCAAACAACGGCCUGGCCUUGCUCGCAAGAGAGGUGUCUCCUGGGAUGUCACCCGAAGAAAUGCUGGCCAAGAUCAACAGUGUAGACGGUAAAGAGGAGACGAGGGAUUGCUCUGUCACGAGUCGCUGUUUGCCCUUGCCCAUCAAGCCCUGUGCCCCAGAAGAUGAAGCGCCACCAGCGUGGAACGAUGGCCCGUGGAGCGCUAGUGAUGCCGGAGCCGUCACCGCGGUGAUCGUGGAAGAUCUGGAGAGGGACGAAUAG